UUCCCACAUUUUAUAAAAACUGAUAACCUUCCGAGAUUCAAUCAAUAUGGCGAUUAUUGGCCAUUGACUCAUUCCUUAAUUUAGCAUGUUAAGAUAUUUUACUAUUAUUUCUUCAACAAAUUUACGAUGAUUAUUUUUAUUUUGAGUUGGAUUUGGGCUCUUACAUUAUUAUCAAGUUUUAUUUUUACCGCUUGGUACUUGAUACUUCUUUGGUUGAGGAGCAGAUUCGAAGUGGUAAAUUCAAUCCUAGGAUUCAAUCACUCACAAAACUCAGAAAUUCAAGAACUUAAAAGGGUUAGAAAUAGGUUGAAGAAAUCUAGGUUAGACUAAAGAGCAAACAUGAAUAUCAGAUGUGCAAGACCUGAAGAUCUUAUGAACAUGCAGCAUUGCAAUCUACUGUGUUUACCUGAAAAUUACCAAAUGAAAUACUAUUUUUACCAUGGUCUUAGUUGGCCACAACUUAGCUAUGUUGCUGAAGAUGAAAAAGGAAAUAUAGUGGGAUAUGUUCUUGCUAAAAUGGAGGAAGAUACAGAAGAGAUGAAGCAUGGUCAUAUUACUUCUUUGGCAGUGAAAAGAUCUCACAGAAGGCUAGGUCUUGCUCAAAAAUUAAUGGAUCAAGCUUCAGAAGCUAUGGUAGAAUGUUUUGAUGCAAAAUAUGUUUCUCUGCAUGUAAGAAAAAGUAAUAGGGCAGCAUUGAAUCUAUACAAAAAUUCUUUGAAAUUUGAAACUGUCGAAAUUGAACCUAAAUAUUAUGCAGAUGGAGAAGAUGCUUAUUCGAUGAGAAGAGAUCUUACAGAAUUUGCUGCUAAGAUAACCAAUGAAGUUGUAAAUAAUGAAACUUUGUAGUUUACAGAUAAUAAAUAUUUUUCGAUGAA